AUGCCAUUCAUCGAGAAGAAUUCUGGGUUCAAGAGUAUUGAUGACUACAUGGGACUCAACACGAUUGAACAAAGCAAAUACCACAGAUGGUGUAAAGACAAUUUUGAGUUCGGCAAUUACGGCUUUACUAACUGGAUUGUUCACUUCAACCGAGGCUAUGAAAACGAUCAGGUUAAAUCAGGCUUGCUGGAAAAUGUCUUUCCCGAGUAUACGCCAGCACUUGUCAAACUGACCAUCAAUAUAUUUUGCUGUUCGGCUUUCCCCGCCCAUGUGGAAGCCCGAGAAUUUCAAGAGGCUAUCCAGGAUCACCCAAGGAACGCUGAGAUGCUCACUGCAUUGAGUUCAAGCUUUGUAGAGAAUUAUUUCAGUCACGGUGGCUUGGAAAAUCUGCUGUGUGGGAUUGAUUUGGUCAGGACUGUCAUUCAACAAGCCCCUGAAAAUGACAUAAAGCGAGCCAAACGACUGGCAAUUCUCGGUGAGGGGUUGCUUCGAAAAUAUGGUCGGGAUGGCAAGAAGGAAACCGAGAAAGAGGCGAAGCGGUAUUUGGAUCAAGCCGUACUCAGCACACCGACUGGACAUCCUGAUCGGGCAUACGUCUUAAAUCAACAUUCAAACUGCCUCUGGUCCCUCUGCAGUUUUCACUAUGACAGAGAAUAUAUUGACCGAGCAAUUCAAGAGUCCAGAGAGGCUGUCGAUAUCACCAAUAAUCAGUUCGACAUCUCUAUGGCACUUGCAUCUGUCCUGUGUCACCGUGGCUAA